CCCUCUUGCCCUUUCUCUUCUUUUCAUUCAUUUUGUUUCCUCUGCUCGCGGCAAAAAGCGAGACCUCUUGAAUCGCUGCUCUCGAAAGCGAGAGAUCCGCGAUCUAGAUCAAAUAGCGAUCACUCGAUUGAUUGAUUCAUAGUAUCUCUGUCUAGAUCUGCUGGUCUUCAGCUCAGUUUUUUUUUUCAAGGCGAAUUUUUUAUUAUUAUACUUUUUUGGCGAAUCGUCGGCGGGAGAUCAAGGGCAAAUGGCGUUCAGCGGGACUCUGCAGAAGUGUAAGGUUUGCGAUAAGACUGUUUACUUCAUGGAUCAGCUGACUGCCGAUGGGAUCUCGUAUCACAAGGCUUGCUUCAAGUGCCAUCACUGCAAAGGAACCCUAAAGCUAAGCAAUUAUUCUUCUAUGGAGAGUGUUCUAUAUUGCAAGCCACAUUUUGAUCAGCUCUUCAAGGAAACAGGCAAUUUCAGCAAGAACUUUCAGUCACCUGCAAAAUCAGCUGACAAGCUAACUCCAGAACUAACAAGGUCUCCUAGCAAGGCUGCUGGCAUGUUUUCAGGAACACAAGAAAAAUGUGCCACUUGCAGUAAAACAGCAUAUCCUCUUGAGAAGGUGACUGUAGAAGGACAGGCAUAUCACAAAUCCUGUUUUAAGUGCUCCCAUGGUGGCUGCUCAUUAUCUCCUUCCAACUAUGCAGCCCUUGAAGGCAUCCUCUAUUGCAAGCACCAUUUCUCUCAGCUUUUCAAGGAGAAGGGGAGUUACAACCAUCUCAUCAAGUGUGCUUCAAUCAAACGCACAGCAUCACCUGCUCCGGAAUCAUGAACUUGCAUUGCUCGGUCAUAUAUAAUUCUUCUCGAAUAUUCUCGACCCAUUUGCUUGUUGUAUUGUUAAGGAAUUGGUGAGCUUGUGCUCUUUAUGUUCAGCUUUGUCCUGAUUGUGAGAAGUGAGAACUAUAUGCGGAACAAUGUGUGUGUUAUUUGCCCAAUGCUUGUGAUGCGUGCUUUCAAGAAAGCUUGACAGUGGUAUUCGUUGCUGAUACUUUGCAACGACCACGAUGUGUUUCCAUAAUCUACUGUAAUUGCUUCUCUUGUUUUAUAA